AUGCAGGAUCAAGUGGACCAACUAGUGCAAGACCUGAUCAACAAAGCUGAAAGCCUCGAUCCGACGGAACGAUCGCUUGUGGGAGUGUCCGGCAUCCCAGGCUCAGGCAAGUCGAGCCUCGCAGUGAGACUUGUCACUGGACUCAAUGCUGCAUCGAAGGAUAUAGCCAUUUGCGUCGGCAUGGACGGGUGGCACUAUCCGCGCUCGACGCUCUCAAAGUUUCCCAAUCCGAAAGAGGCGUUCGACCGAAGGGGCGCAGAAUGGACGUUCGACGCGAAACGCUUCGCCGAUUUUGUGACACUGGUAAAGAAGGAGACGACUAUGGUACAUUCAGCUCCCAGCUUUGAUCAUGCCAAAAAGGAUCCUCUGGAAGACGACGUUGUUGUCCUACCGUCACAUCGAGUGGUUGUGUUUGAAGGACUGUAUUGCAAUUGCGAUGUUGGAGAGUGGAGGCGAGCGGCGCAAGAGCUCGAUACGAGACUAGUCUUCCAAGUUUCAAAGGACGAAGCACGGCAACGGCUGGUGACGAGGCAUGUCAAGACAGGGGUGGCGAAGGAUGAAGAGGAGGCGCUUUGGAGAGCUGAAAACAACGAUCUCCCAAAUGGCGACUGGCUCAUGUCGAACUUGCUCGAGCCGUACACUGUGGUCAAGAGCAUCGACGAUCCUUCUUGGCGGUAA